AUGUCGCUUUGGAAAGAUUAUGAAAUUACAUUGUUUGGUGGCGUGUUGAUUCUUUUUCUUUCAGCCAAUAGCUUGGAGUGCCACAAGUGCUUAAUUAAUGAAGGGAACUGCUCUAAGGCCCCAGUGGAAGUUUGUAAGCCCAACCAAAACUCCUGCUUCUCCAUGAUCAAGAAGUACCAUGGAUUGAACGCAGAUACAACCAAGCAGGGCUGUGGCUCCGCAAAUGCUUGCCGGCGGUACCCGGCGGGAACGGAGGGCUCCUUGUUCCGAACAAUGUGGUGUUGCUCUUUAAAUCUUUGCCAACCUGUGACUUUGCAAGUCAACCGAGAUGGAUUGCACAAUGGGCUGGUGUGUCAAAGUUGCAUUGGGAACGAAGAUGAAUGUGGUUUUACGGCCCCUUCGCAGCAAUGCUACGGGAGCGCAGAUCGAUGUGUGCAAAUUUUCCAACGUUUCCUUCCAGGAGAAGAGCUAGAACCCAUCAUAAAGGGAUGUGGAAAUAACUCCUUCCAAGAUCUGCAGGUGCUCUACCAGAUUGGAAAAGACUUUGCUUUCCUUGACCAAAAAGUUUGUGGCCAACCCAACUGCAAUAAUAGAAGUUUUCCAGAGAUCCUCACUGGACAGCCCAACGGGCUACAGUGUUAUACUUGUCGGGAUUCAGGCCGUGGAGAGAGCGCCUGCCACAAAGGGCAGAUCUUGAGGUGCCCUGGAGCCAUGAACCGAUGUGUGAGCAUCAUAAAAGGAGAAAAUAAAACCACAGCGGUGACUGUCCAAAAGGGCUGCGCCACGGAAUCCAUGUGCAGGAGAGACACCGAUAUAUAUUUUAGACUGAAGAGAGAAAAUUCUCACGCUGAAUGUUGUAAAAGCAAUCUUUGUAACAAAGCCCACCGUCCUACCAGCCCGGAACUGGCGAUCCUUCUUAGUUCAUGGUUCGUGGUGUUCAAAGUCUAUCAAUAA